UGAGUAGAAAACGAAUAUUUCGAGAAAAGAGUAAAGUGCAUAAGAAAAGUAUAAUUAAUUAAUAAAGUAAAUGAUUGGAAAAGAUCACAAUUAAGUUGGCACAAAGAAAUACAAAGACGACAAUUAGUAAAAAGUCUCCUACUACAUCUUUUUUUGAAAAGAAAAGAAAAGAAAAAACACCAAUUUUGGGUUCGACCAAUCUUUAUUGAAGAAAGGAGAUUUUAUCAAGGAGAUAGUGACAAUUUAAUUAUAGAGAUGGAAAAUGAUCCUGAAAAAUAUUUUGAAUAUUUGAGAAUGACUAAAGAAUCUUUUAACAAAUUAUUGGAGUUGCUUGAAUCAAAGUUAACCAAACAACAUUUUCUAAGAACUCCAAUAUCGGCCUGUACACGGUUACAAAUCUGUUUAUGUUAUUUAGCGUCAGGUGAUACAAUGCAUUCGAUUUCUUUCGCUUUUCGAGUUGGAUUAAAUACAGUCUCCAAAAUUGUAGCGGAAACUUGCGUAGCUAUUUGGGAUGUUUUAAAAGAAAAAGUUUUUCCUGAUAUAACAGAGGAUUUGUGGAUCCAAAAAGCAGAAGAAUUUGAAGUUUUGUGGGAUUUUCCAAACUGUAUUGGAGCAAUUGAUGGAAAACAUAUUCAAAUUCAGGCUCCACCUAAAAGUGGUUCAACAUUUUAUAAUUAUAAACGUAAUCACAGUAUUGUACUUAUGGCACUUGCGGAUGCCAAUUGUUAUUUUAUAGUUGUUGAUAUUGGAGCCGAAGGAAGACGAAGUGAUGGAGGUAUAUUCCAAAGUAGUGAACUUAAACGUCAAUUAGAAGAGAAACGUUUAAAUAUACCGAAAGCAAGGUUACUUUCAGAUAAAGGUCCUAAUGUACCAUAUAUUAUAAUAGGUGAUGAAGCUUUUGCAUUAUCUAGUUACUUGUUACAUGCGUAUCCACGAAAAACUAAUUUAACUUUAGAUAAAAAAGUAUUUAACUAUCGAUUAAGUCGUGCUCGAAGAACAGUAGAAUGCACUUUUGGUCUUUUAAGUUCGAGAUGGAGAAUUUUUCGAAGACCUAUAGCAACAUCCGUUGAUAAUGCAAUUUCCAUUAUUAAAGCCACAGUUUGUUUACAUAAUUUUUUAAUGACAACUGAUUUUGCACUUCCUAUACAAAAUAGAACUUAUUCUGUUAAUAUUCGUCCAAGAAAUAUAAAUAAAGUUUUACAAAACUCACGAACUUUUUGAUUGAAAAUGAUAUACGUGGAAGUACUGUUCGAAAUAGAUUUAAGGAAUAUUUCAGUACUAUUGGAGCGAUUGAACAACAAUGGGAAAAAGCACAAAAAAAUAAUUUUUAAAAAUUAGGAAACUUGAUAUUCAACUAUUGAUUUUUUCAAGGAUGUAACGGUUCUAAAAUAAACGAUAGGAAGUUACUAUGAUAUAAUACAAUUAGUAAUAAUACUAUUUGUUGAAAUAUUAAUAAUUAGUUGGUUGGAUUAUCAUUUUUCUUCAACUUACUGUCGAUAUUCCAAUGUAUCAUUUAAAAAAGUCAUGGCGUUGUAAUGACGACAAGACGGUUUAAUUUCAUAAGUUUUAGGUAAACCAGCUGUCCCACUUUUUUGUACAAAACUCUCUUUCUUUUUUAUUGUAUUUCUGGCUUUUCUGUAGCAGUCUUUUAGAUAGAGCCAUUUUUUUUCUGCUUCUGCAGCAGAAUAGAAACCUACAAAU